CCUAUCCCUUUUCCCGUGCUCUUCUUUUCUCUUCUCUUCUCGUCGGCUUUGGUGUGAGAUCCACUCGGUAAUUGCUUCCCUUCUCCGUCUCUCAGCUUCUCAUCCCUCAUCCUCUCGUGCCGAUCUACAACUCCAGUGCGCGCCAAUCUACAACUCUGCCGCCAUUAGCGUCCUCCAGCACAUCAUCGUCCUCGUUGUCACUGUCUUGGUUUCUAGAGCUCUUCUCUCUUUCUCGUCCUCGUUGUCACUGUGCUCAGGGGUUUGUGGGUGCAACAAUCGGAGUGCGUGCUUGGGGGCCUACAUCGGGGACUCCUGGGUGCCGUGUGCUUGCUUGGGUUGGGGCUAUUGUUCAUCGGGUUUGGAGUGGGCAUUCGGAUCUCCGGCGAGACGCAACACCGACGAGCGCUUCCCUGUUGGCCGCUAACAGUCUCCUCAUUAGUAGUCUCCUGCACCUCUGCGGCAAAAAAAUUUGCGGAAUUGAUAAAGGGGCACACUGCCAAUGAACUCCGGGAAACAUUCCGCAUCCAGAAUGACUUCACCCCUGAAGAAGCGGAAGCAUUAAGGAGGGAGAACCUGUGGGAAUUUUAAAGAAGAAGGCAGUUGGCCUUGCGGUAACAAAAGAAAAUUACUUGCCUCAUUUCAUGUUGUUCUGGAAUUGUUUGUACUCAAACAAUAUCUAGCAUACAUAUAAUCUGUCUCAUGAUAUACUGAUCAACUGGUAUGAACUCAAGACUACAUAUCCCAUUGGCAUCAAAUAGUUCUCACUGAUACUCUGUUGCUAAUGGUUUUGAUAAUUCUCAUAGGAACCGUCAUAAUUGAAAUUCUUCUUAUCACUAUAUUUUUCAAAUCGGCAUUUGUAUCAAAAGCACCUAUCCAUUUAUAAAUUCUGAAAAAAGACAAUAACAAAGAGUUGGAAGAAGAUCCCUGUUUUACGAUCCUUAUCAACACAAGACUUAAUGAUAAUCAAGAGGACACAUGGAUGAAUAUCAAUGUUAGGAGAAGGCCGGGUUCACUGAAGACAUCUUCUAUUUCUUUGGUGUGAGUGAAGAUUUUGGAAUUUCUUUUGCACAAAAUCAUCAUUACUCGAACAAUUGAAGGGAAACCAUAUUUGAUUGUUUACUUGGUAGCUUUGUUAGCCUUGAAACAUGAACAGAGAUCGAUCUUGGAUGUAUUGUCGUAAGGAUGGGGCUUCAUUUAUCAAUGAUGAAUUUGUUAAGGGAGUUGAGGAAUUUAUUUCCUUUGCAUAUUCUCAAACUACUAUUGUAAGUGGGGAUUCUAUAAAGUGUCCUUGUCACCGUUGUGAAAAUAGCAUGUUUCAAAUUGCCGACAUGGUCCGUAAACAUCUCUAUUAUAAUGGUUUUAUGAUUGGCUAUACAUCUUGGACUUCUCAUGGAGAGCAUGAAAUUGGACAAUCCUCUAGAUAUGGAGAUGAACAUAUUCACACAAUGCCUCAAAUAGAAGCCCGAAAUCCAUAUGCUCAAAUGAUGAUGGAUUUUAUUUCCCCAACUUUUAAUAUUCCUCGUUAUCACGAUACGGGUUCAAGUUUCAUGGAAGAAGAACCAAACCCCAAGGCAUCCACAUUCUAUUCUUUACUGAAUGAUGCAGACGAACCCUUAUAUGAAGGUUGUACCAAGUACUCAAAGUUAUCAGCUUUAUCACAACUACUAAAUUUAAAAUCUGAUUUUAACAUGAGUGAAGCAUGUUUUGAUCGUCUUAUGGUGAUGAUUAAGUAUAUGCUACCACAAGAUGAAUGCUUGCCUAAUAACUUCUAUAGAACAAAGCAAAAGAUGAAAAGUCUAGGUAUGGGCUAUGAGAAGAUAGAUGUUUGUCAAAACAAUUGCAUGUUGUUUUACAAAGAGGCUGCUAAACUUGACCAUUGUGCUAUGUGUGGGCAUCCACGAUAUAAGAUGAGACAGUUAGGGAAAUCAAAAAAGGGGAAACAAAAGCAAAUUCCUUGCAAGAUUUUACGCUAUUUGCCACUUAUACCGAGACUUCAAAGGCUUUACAUGUCCGCAAAGACUGCUGAAAACAUGAUAUGGCAUGUGACUAAUAAAAGCACUGAUGGAGUUCUUAGGCAUCCAGUUGAUGGGGAGGCAUGGCAGCACUUUGAUCAAAUGUACCCAUCUUUUGCACAAGAAUCCCGCAAUGUGAGACUUGGGUUAUGUGCAGAUGGUUUUAGUCCUUUUGGACCUGCAGCAAAACCAUAUUCUAUUUGGCCGGUAAUGCUUGUUGUUUACAAUUUGCCACCUUGGAUGUGCAUGAAUCAAUCAUAUAUAUUUCUUAAUAUGGUUAUUCCAAGGAAAAAAAGUCCAGGUCAAAACAUUGAUGUGUUCUUGCGGCCUUUGAUAGAUGAAUUGAAACAAUUAUGGAAUGAUGGUAUCCUAACAUAUGAUGCUUUUAAGAAACAAAAUUUCACAAUGAGAGCAUCAUUGUUGUGGACAAUUAAUGAUUUCCCAGCUUAUGGCAUGUUGUCCGGGUUGAGUACUCAUGGAACUUUAUCAUGCCCCUAUUAG